GUCUACUCCUGGGGUAAGAACAAGUACGGUCAGCUGGGCCUAGGCCAUACCAACAAUGUUCCCCUCCCGACCGGCAUCCUCUCCUUGUCCGAUCCCUUGAACCGUAAGAACGUUCGCAGCAUCGGGGCCGGCAAGAGUCACUCUGCGGUCAUCGCUGAGGAUGGUGACGUGUACACCUGGGGAAGGGGGUGGGAAGGGCAGCUGGGGCACGACGUGGUCACGGAGAUCGAGCUGGAGCCGCACAUUGUGCCCAAGAUGGAGAACAGAGGGUCUAGUGCUGUGGCUUGCGGGAGAAACCACACAGUAGUCGUCACCGACAACGGCUUGAUCUAUACUUGGGGUGAAAACAAAGCCGGUCAACUAGGGACGGGAGACCUCAAGUCCUCCAACUCUCCAGUCUUGAUCGACUCUGCGUUGAACCUGCCUAGCGUGCUCUCGAUAGCCUGCGGAGAGUUCCAUACGGUAGCGAUCUGUAUCGAAGGCACGAUCUGGUCGUGGGGGAGGAACCAGUGCGGGCAGCUGGGGCAUGGCAACACCAAGACGUGUUACUUCCCGACGCAAGUGGUGGGGAUGGCGAAGAAGAUCUGCAUCAGAGCUGCCUGCGGGGGCCAGCACACCCUCGUCCUCACGGAUGCCAACAAGAUCUACGCCUGGGGGAGCAACGCCUACGGCCAGCUGGGGUUGAACAGGAGCGACAAGGCUGUGCUGCAGCCAGACAUCGUUGACCACCUCCGACGCAGCGGCGCCUGUCACGUGCUCUGUGGGUACAGUCACUCGAUGGCUCUCAUGAAGAACGAGCAGAUCUACACGUGGGGGCGCAACGACUGCGGGCAGCUCGGCCUCGGGCACUAUACCCACUCGCCCGUGCCUGAGCUCGUGACUGCCUUGCGCUCCGUGCGCGUCCAGCAGAUCGCGUGCGGGUACGAUCACUGCGUCGCGUUUGUGGCGGAUGAAGUGGAGCCAGGCAUGCCUCCUCUGGAGCAUGUCUACUCGUGGGGCCGCGGCGAAGAAGGGCAGCUCGGUCACAACGAGCUGCUCAGUCGGUGCACCCCCAGGAUCGUGGAA